GUCCCGGUCGGGGUCGAGCGAGGGUGCGAGUAUGUUUGCGCGUGCAUAGCGGUGUGCUUUUACGAGUGCAUCUCUUCGAGUGCUCUUAGCAGAGCAGGAGGAAUAUAUAAGAACGUUGAGGCAGUGCGUCGCGUGAUACGUAGAACGACGACGAUAAAGACGACAACGGGCGCAACGGACGACGUCUCGGCUGUCGCUGCCAACUCGGCCGGGUUCACAAAGAAAAGUGGCGCGAGAGGGUGCAGAGGGAGAGAGAAAGAGAGAGAAUAUAGGAAGCUGUGACAGGCAUCGGCGGAGCUGCUGGUGCACGCGAUCAGGAUGCGACCGAGGAGUGACACGGUGACAUCAAUUGUAUACCAAGAUCCUCGAAUACACAAUCUCGGUAUCGAGGACUCAUUUGCCUAAGGACUUCUGACAUUUCUUUCCGAGGAUACGAAGUAGUCUUAGGAAAGUACAUAACGGAAGAAGGCAAGCGUGCAGAAGCCGAAGGUGGAUCAGUGCAAGCUUUGAGAAGAUCCCGGUACCUGGUAACGGGAAGAUUGCGAAGAGGGUGAAGGAUAAAAGCAUCUAAGGGCAGGUGGGGGGAUGCAGCUCGAAAGGGUGGCGGCAUGGAGGAGCCCUCGUUGGAGGCUCUCAUGCAGGCGAUCCUUAUCCUCGUGGUCGCCAUCGCCAUCAUCUUGUCGAAUCUUCUCAUCAUCGUCUCCUACCUCAACUUCCGCGGCCCCUCCGAGGUGAUAAAUUACUAUUUGUUAUCACUCGCCUCGGCAGAUCUUCUGUGUGGUCUGUUGGUGGUUCCGUUCUCGGUAUAUCCGGCGUAUUUACGAAGAUGGGUUUAUGGAGACAUCGUGUGCCGACUCGUCGGUUACUUGGAAGUCACACUCUGGGCGGUAUCAGUGUACACCUUUAUGUGGAUCUCUGUAGAUCGCUAUCUGGCUGUCAGGAAACCAUUGAGGUACGAAACCGUACAGACGAAAACUCGGUGUCAAUGCUGGAUGGUCUUCACGUGGAUCAGCGUGGCGAUGAUGUGCUGCCCGCCCCUACUCGGUUUCAACAAACCGAUUUUCGACCGCGAGGCCUUCAUUUGCAUGCUCGACUGGGGUAACAUGGCCGCAUACACCAUCACACUGUCCAUCCUCGUGCUGGGGCCGUCGGUCAUCACCAUCAUCUACACGUACUUCUACAUCUUCUCUAUGAUGAGGCGACUAAAGUCCGGCGUGCUAAUUCACGAUAAAGAGUACGCGACAGCGCUGUCGGAAAAUCUGAGCAAUCCGAGUCACAUCAUGUCUUUCGUCUUAGUGAUGGCUUUCUGUGUGUCAUGGGCACCGUAUGCCGGGCUAAGAAUAUACGCGGUCUUUAACGGACCCCCUCAGGUGCCGUUUUUACAUUUUGCCGUGGUGUGGCUGGGAAUCAUGAACAGCUUCUGGAAAGCAAUCGUCCUCAGCAUUCUGAGUCCCCAGUUCCGGCUGGCCGUACGAGUACUCUGCCUCACCAUAUUCUGCCGGCACAGACGACUUCCACCGGAACUCCUCGGCCUUGACGACGAUGACUAACGCCACAUCGACAAUGUCUACAAGAAGCAGCACUUACGUUGCAUUCUAUUCUAUUUGCGGCGCGUUUCUAGAUCGUCGCUCUUAUCUCUAUCCAAGGAUCGUCCUCGCAUCUUGGCACCACUCGCAAGAUAUUUCUUUCAAACUUCAAACUUUGCGCUCUAUGGUACAUAAAUCAAUAAAGAUUGCAGCUUAUAAGUAUUGACACUGGCUCCAAAAUUCAGUUGAAAUCAACAAUUUUCACGAAAAUAAAAAAUGCGUCACAAAUAAUGAAUUAACCAAAGAAACAGAAAUGUGGAAAAAAAUUU